AUGAGCGAGUCCCCGGAUAAAUCCGGCAAAGCCCGCAACAAAUGGGGCGACCCCUUCAGCAAGGGGCGCGCGGCCGUAGAAUCCCUGGCCGCCAUCCUCCGGUACUUCCCCCCUCACCUCUCCUCCUCCGAGACCCCCGCCACCUCCCUCCUCCACGACCCCGACGUCGCCACCCAGAUCUCCACCCUCCUCCGGCGCCCCGACUCCGGCGCCGUGAACGACAACCUCUGCGCCUGGCUCUACGACACCUUCCACUCCGCCGACCCCCACCUCCAGCUGGUCGUCCUCCGCUUCCUCCCCACCCUCGCCGGCGUCUACCUCUCCCGCGCCGCCCUCAGCAAGCCCCUCCCCGGCUUCGAGUCCGUCCUCCUCGCCAUCUACGCCCACGAGACCUCCUCCCGCGGCGGCCUCGCCUCCACCGUCUCCGUCCCCGACCUCGCCCACCCCUCCGUCUACCACGAGAACAAAACCCCCCCCUCCAGGAGCGCCUCCACCGAGCUCCACCUCGCCCUCAUCACCCCCGCCCUCGAGCCCCACGGCACCGUCCGCUCCACGCGCCGCGCCAAGAUCGUCGGCGUCGCCCUCGAGCUCUACUACAGCCGCGUCUCCCUCCUCCCCGUCGGCUCCAAGCUCGACUUCUGCGAGUUCUGCAGGCUCUGGUCCGGCUGCGACACCGACAAGGACAAGGGGGACGGGAAGCGGGGCCGGAUCGGCAUGCCGUGGGAGCUCAUGCAGCCGAUUCUCAGGAUAUUGGGGCAUUGUUUGUUCCGCCCGGCUAAGAACUAUGAUUUGUUUCACGCGGCUUUCACGGCUUGCCAGUGCAUGAGCGCUAGGGCGCAGCAUGAUAUGAAUGCUAAGGCCAUGCUGGCCACGGCUAGCCUUGUUAAGCUGGCUCAGAUUGCUAUGGAUCCGCAUUCUGACUUUGAUCAUACCGACCUACCCCUUACUAAUGAAAUUUCGGUUUAG